AUGUAUUUUGCAGAAGACAAUGGAAUACGUCGACAGAUACGUCCAGAUGAAAAUGGUGACAUAUACGAAUUUCAUCGAUUCCAGCAUUAUGGGUUCAAGACACCAUCACCCAACACUUUUAGUUUGGAAAGCAUGCUGGCUUUUUUGGCGCCACUUGCAACAAUACCGAUUAUUGCCAGCGCGGCUUUGAGUAGUUUAGCCGCCAUUCUACCUACAUUAACCACAGAGGGCAUGGUUAAAGGACGGAGUCGAAGAGAUGCGGUGCUAGAGACGUUAGGUUCCAUGAAGACCUUCAACAAUCCAGAUUGGAAGCUGUACACAAAUCAAAGUUCUCAUCCAACCAAAAGAGACAUUAGGGAUCUUGAUGUUAUACAGAAAUACUUACAACAGAUGAGUCACAAGGAAGAUCACAAUGACGAGAUCAUGGCGUCAUACCUGAAGUGUAGCGGUAUGCUUAGUACCCACAAUCACUGCCUCGAGAGGUUGGUCUGCCAAUUUUCGGAUGAAUCAGCAAGAAUGAAAUCCUUGGAAAAGGAAGUUUCAUCAUUGAUCAUUUACACGAUAUUGAAUAACAGAUUCAUCCCAGAAGAAUUCAAAGAGAGGCUAAGAAAAUCUGCACUUUUUGGGAGAGGAAACAAUGGCAGAUGUGGAACAUUUUUCUGCUCCAGAAAUGACUUUAGGACAUAA